AUGACAGUAACACAUUAUAAAUUUGAUGAUGAAGCAUUAGAAGAGUCACAAUUGAAAUCUGAAAUAGAACUUUGGAAAGAGAAAUGGAACAGAAUAAAAAGUAAAGAUGGAGUGGUUCUUACUGAUGCAUUAACAUCUAUGGACCAGUGUAAUGAAAUAUUAUAUCCAAAUAUUAAAAAAACACUAAAUUGUAUUGCUUGCUUGCCUGUUUCUGUAGCUUCUGCUGAGCGUAGUUUCUCAACAUUAAGAAGAUAA